CAGAGAGAGGGAGACACUGGACUUUGUCCUCGCAUGGAACCUUGGCAGCAGCAUAUUCACAUACGCGCGCUCACUCUCAGCGGGAUCUGGCCGUACGUGUGUAUCGGCUGCUUGUUUGACGGCGAUUUGGCGCAGGUUAAGGCGGCAUAUGCCGUGAGCUUGUAGAGGGAUCGAGCUUGCAGCGGGCGUGCUGAUAAGAGGGGUGCAUGGCAAACUAGUGGUCGGUAGUGCGGCCACCACUCCGGCCCAUACAAAGCGUGUGCGUGUCCAAGAACGCCUUUCCCCCCGGCUCACACGAGAGUGGUGAAUCCAUCCACGGUGCGUGCCUCAAUUCUCUCCCUUGCAGGGGAGAGCAGAGCUCCGUUUCCUCCUCGGCGCGGCGGAGACGAGCUCCGGCGGUUUGGGGUUGGCGUUGCGCGCAUGCAGCAGAUGGCCACCACCGUCACGCUGCUGCUCGGGGCAGCCUCGUCCCCCGGCCCCGCCGCCGGUGAUGGCGCCGCGCGGGACGGCUUCCAGUGCUCCCGCCUGCUACCCAAGAAGAAACAGCAGAGGCCGCGCUGGGUGCUCUGCUCGCUCAAGUACGGCUGCCUCGGCGUCGGCGAGCCGGGGGAGGCGGGCGGCCGGAGCGCGGCGUCGCCGGUGUACUCCAGCCUCACCGUCAGCCCCGGAGGCGACGCCGCCGUCGCCGUCGUCUCGUCGGAGCAGAAGGUGUACGACGUGGUGGUGAAGCAGGCGGCAUUGCUCAAGCGCCAGCUGCGCCCCUCGCAGCAACAGCAGCAGGCGCCGCCAGCCGUCGCCAGGGAGCUGGACGCGCCGCGCGGCGGGCUCGGGGAGGCCUACGCCCGCUGCGGCGAGAUCUGCGAGGAGUACGCCAAGACCUUCUACCUCGGGACCUUGCUGAUGACCGAGGAGCGGCGGCGCGCCAUAUGGGCCAUCUACGUAUGGUGCAGGAGGACAGACGAGCUGGUGGACGGUCCCAACGCGUCGCACAUCACGCCGCAGGCGCUGGACCGGUGGGAGAGGAGGCUGGAGGACCUCUUCGCCGGGCGCCCCUACGACAUGCUCGACGCCGCGCUCUCUGACACCAUCACCAAGUUCCCCAUAGAUAUUCAGCCCUUCAAGGACAUGAUCGACGGGAUGCGGACGGACCUCAAGAAGGCGAGGUACAAGAACUUUGACGAGCUCUACAUGUACUGCUACUAUGUUGCCGGCACCGUGGGGUUGAUGAGCGUCCCGGUGAUGGGCAUUGCGCCCGACUCCAAGGCGACAGCUGAGAGCGUCUAUGGCGCCGCUCUGGCUCUCGGGCUCGCGAACCAGCUCACCAACAUACUCAGGGAUGUCGGAGAAGAUGCAAGAAGAGGAAGGAUAUAUUUGCCGCAAGACGAGCUUGCGGAGGCAGGGCUCUCCGAUGAAGACAUCUUCAAAGGAGUCGUCACCGACAAGUGGAGAAAAUUCAUGAAGAGGCAGAUCAAGAGGGCGAGGAUGUUCUUCGAGGAGGCGGAGCGAGGGGUGACUGAGCUUAGGAAGGAGAGCCGGUGGCCGGUUUGGGCCUCUCUGUUGUUGUACCGGCAGAUCCUUGACGAGAUCGAAGCGAAUGACUACAACAACUUCACCAAGAGGGCCUAUGUUGGGAAGGCGAAAAAGGUGCUUGCGCUCCCUGUCGCGUACGGGAGAUCGCUGCUCUUACCGUAUUCACUGAGAAAUAACCAGACCUAG